UAUUUUCAAAGUAGAAAAGUGUUUGAACAGUGCAUUAAAGGUACCAUAUGUAAGAAUGUGAAGCAGUUUACUUGUAUUAAUCACUUUUUUACUGCUAAGCUCAAACAAUGAGACCUUCUCUGACUUUCUCCGUUGCCGGGCUAUAACAGCCUGCGGACUGAUUUCUAUGUGAAGGACUCGGAACGAGUUUUCCCGGUAAAUCCAGACGAUGUCGUUGCCUCUCCACCGCUCCCCAUCUGGUUCACUAACCGUUAGCAUUAUCGUUGAGCAAAUUUAGCUACGCUGACAUUGCUGAGUCUCUCAGUGAAAGCCAAAUGAACAGCAAUUGAUAAAGCUGGCUUGCUAGCUAACGCUGACGUACGAUAUAAAUGCAGUCAAUGUAUCAUGCCACGAGAAAGGAUUUGUUCAACGUCACUAGCCUAUAUUGUGCUAGCUAGCAAGCUGAUAACGAUAUUAAAAAAUCCUAUUUCAAAGAAACUAUAGUCUCGCACAGCCAGAACUAUCUCCACAUUUUGUUUUACUGCCGUGGCAGUGCCGGAGAGUAGAAUACAGUCUAUUGUCUCAAAUAUAUAAUAACAGUGUAACUUUAGUUACCUCAUCUGUCAGCGUGAUGCCGGUCGAUUACGUUCAGUCUCGUGUAUGUCACGUCGCUAAUUCGGCCGACGCGCAGCAUACGGGGCAAGUGUGAGCACAGGAUGCUGUCUGCAGUUCACUUAACGGCCACUGGUGUCAUUAAUAACAAGGGUUUUCUGAAUAUAGUACCUUUAAGUCUUUCCUGCACGUGGAACAGUAAAGCAAGCGACAUCUAAAGGAACUGUUUGCAGGGAAGUCACAGUUCUGAAAUAGCUUGUUUCUUUUUAGCGUUCAGGCCCGUUUUUGGAAAACCUCAAUGGCAUGGGUAAGGCUUUGCUGUAAGAAGCUUUUUUUCAUCAUUUCCUUGUUUAGACAUGCUCAAUUGCUCUGUAUGCUAGAUUACUGUAUGUUUCAGAUGUGGUUUAGCAUAUCCAGGGACACUCUCUCUUAGGAGCUGAGGGGUUACAGAGCAGAGCUGCGAUCCACGCUUCCUACAAGGCUCUGGGGCUUUUUCCCAGGCCUAGAGCCCCAGAAAUAGAGUUUGCCGUGCUUUUUCCUGCAGUGAAAUAAAGUUUCCCACUCUUUCAGAGAGCUUGGGGUCCCAUCUGAGUUAAACAUGUGCAAUACUGAUAACCAACAAAAGGCCUUGUAUGGCUCACUGAGAUGAGGUGCCUCUUCUGUCAUCUCACUGAAACAGUUAAUGAAAUCGUUUGAGUUUAACUGCGAGAAAAAGAUGUUUGCAUCAACAUUUUCAAUUAAAAGACACAUAAAAUGAAGACUUCAAGAUUGGUAUAUUUGUUAUAUUAUAUAUUUUGGAUAAGGAUGCUGACAAUGCCUCUGUAAAAUGUUCUUGUGCAAAUCAUUGCAGAUAAAAAGCUAACAACAGAAUACAACAGAAUUUGCUAGGCCGUACUUCUAAAGUAACGGUCGAAGUUUGGAAACUUGUAAUACAUUCCUUAUACACCUUUACUUUGAUCAUGAAUAAAACUGCAUCAAUUACCUUACACACUGUAUGCGUGGUCUGUGUAUUAUGAGUCGGGGAGGUAUUUCUUGCAUUGAGUCUGACAUUUUCAUUCUGCAUCAAGAAGAUAAGGGCUCGCUGUGAGGAGACGCGUAGAAGGAUGUUAAUGGAUCUGAAAUGACAUCUUCUAAAACGCUAAAGUUGUUGAAUAGCUGACGCUGAUUAAGCCUUUUGAAUCUUCAUAUAGCUCAUUUUACUCAGGUCAGUUUUGCAAGUAACUGACAAAUGAUCAAAAUAUGGAAGAUACAAUCUUUGCUGGACACGACCAAAUUUAAUUCCCAACAUUUGCAGUAAAAAUGCAGAGGUUGCCCUCAACAUAUACGUAGAAAUUCAAUGUUUUUACUCUGUAAUCACUUUUGCAAGUUAUUAAACAUGAAGUAACUCACUUGACAGAACAAAGAAAUGAUUGAUUAUAUGUUUGAGGGGUUGAUUAGUCAUUCUUCCCGUGUGUCAUUUAAGUAAAGUUGGAGAAUAGAAAAAUUGAAAACCUUGAUUUAUUUUUCACCCAAACAUCCGAGCAACAAUUUAACCAAACAAAGCACCACUUCCUUUGCCUGCACUGUUGUGACUCGUGUUUGUGCUCUGCAGGAGGACUUUGUUUUUGAAGGACAGGAAAGAGUUAAACAAUUAGAGGUUACAAAAUAAUAGUGUGGAGGGUGGGUGGUCCCUGGUGAUUACUGUUUAUCACGGAUGAGAAAAGAGAGCUCAGGAAAAGGGCUGGGAUGUGGAUUAUGACACAGAGGCAGAGCAGAGGAGCAUUAGCAGAGGCACUGCAGGGCCAGCUGAUGCUGUAAUACGUUUGGGUGGAGGGCGCAAGGUGGUGAGGUCAUGUUGAGAACAAGGGGAAAAAAAGAAAAAUAAAUCUUGCGAUUAAAAUGUGGAAUGUGUGUAUCUGCGAAGCCUGCGAGAUCCAUGUUUCCAUGGGCUACGGCUCAAACUGUUCGGAGAGGGAGGGAACUGAGAGUGCACACCCAGGAAAUGUGACAGAAUUAGCAGCCGUGAUGAGAAGCAGGAGUUUUUUAGAGUUCAAUAAAAGCAGGGACGAAAUGAGUUGUGGCAUGGAGGCUGGAAGGGGAAGAGCACCACAAGUGGCGACUGUACAAUGCAAAUCACUAAAUGGCGACAUGAUGCAUGAGAAUCUGCACAGUUCUGGCGCGGUUCAGACUGUAAAUAGCCCCAGAGUGUUGUUUUCAAGGCUGACGUUUCCUGCACAUUCCAGCCCGCAGCCAUCAGCCAACUUAUCACUUAGACCACAGAUAUGUGGAGUGAGUUAAUGGUCAUCAAAGGACAGCGUGGAGGAGGGAAGUUUAGCAAUCAGCUUGGGAAUUGUGGGAGAGACAGCAAGUAAAGGGGCCAAGAAGUGAUAACAGUGUGAGGCUGCCAGGACAGGUCCCUCCUGUCACAGGCUGCAGCGUGAUGUUGAACAGCUGGGGAGAGAGCCGCUCACUUCCCAUGUCCAAACCCACAGAAUUUGCCUGAUUAGCAGGAAAAGAGAAGGGUUCCUCCGAGGUCAGAACUGAACACACUGGUCGACUUAUUUUUUUGUUUUGCAUAUUCACCUUCCGUACUCUGUUUCUCAACUUAUCUGCAUUUUACUCUUGAGAACAGGGAAGUGAAACUCGUUCGUUAUCCCAGAACAUCUCCUCGUAGCUGCCUCUAUUCAGGAAGUCACUCCACUAUAUAACAUCAUUCAGUUUUUCUGCCUCAUCUAACAGGGCGAGGGCAUGCCAAUGCGUACAUCUUGACAUUCAUUAAAACUGACACUUAACGCGUUCGGGAGUGAAAAACAAACAAAUGACCAAAUGUGACGAGGGGACCAGGUGAUUGCCAGUAACAAAUUUACAAAGUUUUGCAUUUCUGCCGAGUGCGUCGUCGCGGUCAGUUAUUAUAUCAACUUGUCACAUUUAAAAACGCUUUGCCUGCAAAUUCAUCCUGGCCAGCGUGUGUUCUUGAGUUUCUCGGGACGCUGUUUUAAUGUCUCGUCCUCUCACUACCUUAACAAAGAGUUCAAGGUCACGAUGUCAGAGUGCAUGUUCAGCGCGCAAGGAUGGAAGCAAGGAUGUCCAACACCACGCCGAUGCUGAUUUCUCAUCUUAACAUACAUCUACACUAUAUGCUUCGCGUUUGCUUUUAACGGUUUCAAAAUAAACACGGGGGCAGUGAUAAUUGUGGCCUUGAUCACUCAUCUUUCAUGUCUGUUCUAACUGUAUGUGAUUGAAAUGCUUCAAAUAAAACCACUGGUCUCCUUCCGUGCAUUAACAUUUCUAAUCUAUAGGCGCUUACAGUGCUCAGACCUCAAGCCGUUUUUCCCAAGAAUUUCACAGUGAACAGAUGCACUUGGUCAGUUCAUAUCAUUAAAGUGAAAAAAGUCAAGGUCAUGGAAGGAAUCCUUCAACUCAAGUGUUUACACCUGCUCCACUCCUAUAUAUCUCACAUACAUUUAGCCGUAAUGUCCUCAGCUCACAGGAGGCAUUACAGACUUUUAAAAGGUGACUGUUGUUAACACAAAUUAUUUUUCGGGGUGUUUCAUUGAAUGUUUUUACUUCGCCAGAAGGAUUCUCCAUCCAAGCCAUCUGUGGCUGAGCUGGCUGGAAGGUUCAAGGGUCAUAUUCUACCAAUGCCCACCUCAAAUGAGGAGCUGUCAUUUCGAAGAAGGCCUCCGUGUUCCCUGAAGUUGCAACAUCAAAAAGAUGAUAUUGAAGAAUCAGAUAAUACCGUCGUCUCCCCAAAUCCCUUUAAAAUCAAGAUGAAGAACUCCCCCAUCAUUGAGAAACUGCAGGCCAACCUUGCUCUGUCACCAACUGCUCUGCUGCCCUCACCCAAGAGCUCCGAGGUGAAGCUGCCGCCAGCGCCGCUGUCCCCCACCUCGUCGGGCAGCCCGCUGAGCCCCCUGAGCCCCCUGAGCCCCCUGAGCCCCACGCUGAGGUCCUCGCAUCAGUCCAGCGAAGAGGAGGAUCCCGUCAGCUUCGGCAGCCCUCCCGAAGGCACCCCGCUGCCAAGCAUCAACAAGACCCGUGCACGACUAUCAUUCAAGAGGCGCCCGCCCACGAGACAGCACAGGAGGUCGGCCGGGGAAGAGGCAGGAGCCUCCAGGAGCAGUCGGUCCACAUGUGAACUGUACAGCCCAAAAGAAAAUGGGGAAAAGGACCAGGUUUUUGACCGCCCGGCAGAGGAAGCUGAACGCGUGCAACCGUGCAGUCUGAAAGAAGCUGAAGACAAGGACAGGGUUUGUGAGAAGACAGAGGACAAGGUGGCAGAGAGUGACACGGACAAUAAGGGAGAUCCGGAGGAGGAGCAGGAAGCAGAACAAGCCCAGAGCUCGGAGGCUUUGGAGGAGGCACGACAACCUUCGGAGCCCAGCCCCGCUGAGCAGAUAGAGGGCAAUGUUAAGACAGAACAGGGGCGGGAGGAGAUGCCUCAGGAGGCACAACAGGAGUGAAAUGACGGGGUGUGAACUGUGAAUGCUUAUGUUAAACGAAAAACAAAUAUAUGUAUAAAUAUAUGUAUAAGUUAUUCAGUGCUUUGAUCAAGGGAGCUCUGAAAAAUACCCCUCAGAGAGAGUUCCUCUAAAUUUCACGGUACCUGCUCUGUUUUGAGUCCCUCUGUUGCCCUCUCCAGGCCGUACAUAGGACGGGUCUAUAGACACUGGAGCGUUACGAGAAGCAGCUGUUUUUUCUGCACGGGGAAAAUAAGCACCCCUGUUGAUCCUGUCUCCACGACCAGAAGAAAAAUUCCUUCGUGUUGUACCACGCCCCCCCCCCCGCGUGACCAGACUGAAUGUUUCGUCUUCGCUGAGAUUUGAGUCGAGUCAAAGACAUUGUUAACAGUGCACCUCCAAGUCUCUGUCACACACACAUAGCUUUGAAAAUGCUGAAUGCUGUGUUGGCGAAAGGAGGAAAUAUUAUCAGAUUUCAUUUAUAUUUUAGCAGAUAUAUAAGCAUCCUGGCAUCGUACAUCGUAAGUCAUUAUCAUUUUAGGUUGGAAUCCUAUGCUUUGCUUUAUUUUUCUUUUGAAUAUAUGUUGGUCGCCAUCUCUGCUUGUCUCCCGUUUUGUACAGUACAGAGUAUCUAAAUCCCACUGCGCCGCUGUGGAGUGGCUCAGGUCCUCAGAGAUUCUGCGUAGAAAUGUUAAUAAAAAUAAACAGCUUCCUUGUUAUGUAAAGAAAAGCUUACGUUACAUGUGUUUGUUCUAAUUUCUUGGGUUUGUCGAGUCAUCGUGGAACAAAAAUGUCCCAUAAACAUCGUACUUCUAGUGGACCUGUCAGUAAAUUUGUCUUUUUUCUUUGUAUCAUCUCCAUUGUUGCUGACAGCUGUUUGCUAGGGACAAUGCUGGAUGUGCUGGAAAGUCUUAGAUUUUACGUUGGAUUGAAAGAUCUUAUAGUUAGAGGUUGAUGAUAAAGGGACACUCCCACAGGUUAUUUCAGUCAUUUUCCGUCCGAGUGCACAAACUGUAUUUGAUGAAGAGCUUUGUUUGCAGCUGCUGGUGUUGCUGUUGCUAAUUCUUAUUAGUGCACUGGGGGGGCGGGGGGGUCACAUUUUCCACCAUACAGUAGCUCUGGCCAUUUUCAACCAAUCAAAAUAACUGAAAACACCCGCGUGUGCAUGCAGGGCUUUUGGAAUCAAAAUCCAGAUGUUAUUCUAUUAAA